AGUCCGUGCUCAGUGUUGUUGCAGGGAGAGCAGAGCUUUAGAAAGCAGACAGCUGUUCAACACUUAUUGUUUGAAUUGUGUUGUUCAUUGACUCUUGUGGAAAUAGCUGGAGAGAUGUCUGCUGUUUGAGAAGAGGGACACAAAAUAUGUAAACUGUCCAACACAGAAGCAGCCUGCAUCCUGACCUGGCUGAAAAAGAAUUAUGUCCUGUGGCUAACUCAUCAGGAGAAGACAGCAAAUAAAAUCAAAUGGCGUCUAGAAGAAGGUCCAGUACUCGGCAAACAGUCUCUGAUUCCAUCCAGUCUAACCCCAAAACAACUCUCCACUGUUCUGAGUGUGGAAAGAGUUUUAGUCGACUGAGUCGUCUUCAGCUACACCAGCGCAUUCACACAGGAGAGAGGCCGUAUUCCUGCUCAGAGUGCGGGAAGAGUUUUAUCCAGCAGAGCGUUCUCCGACGACACCAGCGCAUUCACACAGGAGAGAAACCGCAUUGCUGUUCAGAGUGCGGGAAGAGUUUUAUUCAAAGGGAUCAUCUCCAGCGACACCAGCGCAUUCACACGGGAGAGAAACCGUAUUCUUGCUUGGAGUGCGGGGCGAGUUUUUCUCUGCCGAGUAGCCUCUUGGUACAUCAGCACAUUCACACAGGAGUGAAACCGUAUUAUUGUUCACACUGUGGAAAGAGUUUCAGUGACAGUAGUAGUCUCCAGAAACACCAGCGUGUUCACACAGGAGAGAAGCCGUAUCAGUGCUCAGAGUGUGGAAGGAGGUUUACUGAGAGAGGUACCCUUAGAAAACACGAGCGGAUUCACACAGGAGAGAAGCCAUAUCAGUGUUCAGACUGCGGGAGAAGUUUUAGACAGAGCGGUAACCUCAAAAAACACCAAAUCAUUCACACAGGAGAGAAACCGUACUCCUGCUCAGAGUGCGGGAGGAGAUUUACUCUACAGAGAUACCUCCAAACACACCAGCGCAUUCACACAGGAGAAAAACCGUAUCACUGCACAGACUGUGGGAAGAGUUUCACUAGAUUAAGUAGUCUAAGACUCCACCAGCAUACUCACAAAACAGAGAAACCGUAUUCCUGCUCGGACUGUGGGAAGAGUUUUAUUCAGCAGAGUCAACUUCAACGACACAAGCGCGUUCACACAGGAGAGAAGCCGUAUUGCUGUUCAGAGUGUGGGAAGAGGUUUAAAAUACAGAGUACUCUCCAACUACACCAGCACAUUCACACAGGAGCAAAGCCAUAUCAGUGCUCGGAGUGCGGGAAGAGGUUUAGAGACAGAGGUAACCUUAAGGCACACCAGCGCAUCCACACAGGAGAGAAACCGUAUUCCUGUUCGGAAUGUGGGAAGAGGUUUAAUCGACAGAGUAAUCUACAAACGCACCAGCGCAUCCACACUGGAGAAAAGCCGUAUUCCUGCUCGGAGUGCGGGAAGAGCUUUAAUCUACACAGCACUCUUUUAAUACACCAGCGCAUUCACACUGGAGAGAAGCCGUAUUUCUGCUCAGAGUGUGGGAAGAAUUUUAGCGGUAAUCUCAUAAGACACCAGCGCAUUCACACUGGAGAGAAACCGUAUCGGUGCCCAGAGUGUGGGAUGCGUUUUAGAGACAGAAGUAACCUUAAAACACACCAGCACAUUCACUCAAGAGAGAAAACGUAUCAAUGUUCAGAGUGUGGGAAGAGUUUUAGACAAAGAGCUAACCUUACGAGACACCAGCGCAUUCACACAGGAGAGAAACCGUAUCAGUGCUCAAAGUGUGGGAAGAGCUCCAGACAGUUGAGUAAUUUGAAGACGCACAAGUGCUGCUCCACGGUGCUUGUUAAUGACUGUUCAACAAGCCAAUCCGCGAACUGCAGGAAAGAGCUCCUGUCCAAUCGGAGCGCAGGAGGCGGAGCUUGUCCGAAUACGGCGCCGGUGAGGUCAGCUCGCACAGAUCGCCCAUGUGACUCCACUGUGUUGUUGGAGGAAGAGAAAGAGGAGGAAGAGCAGCUGCUCUGCACUGAAGAAAUAAAUUUACACUGGGAAAUUUAUCUCUGCAUGCACAUCAGAGAGGACAACACGACUGCUCAAGAAUGGGAGGGAUCUGAAUAUGAGAAUAUGACAUCUAGAAGAAGCUCCAGAACUCGGCGAACGUUCUCUGUUUCUCACCUCAGGAACACGUUUCACAGACGAACACAGAUAAAUCAGAACAAUAAAAGCCAAAAGAGAACUCACCACUGCUCAGACUGCGGGAGGAGUUUUGCUCGACAGGGUCAUCUCCAAAGACACCAGCUCAUCCACACGGGAGAGAAACCGCAUUGCUGUUCAGAGUGCGGGAAGAGUUUUAAUCAGCUCUGUAAUCUCCAAACACACCAGCGCAUCCACACAGGAGAGAAGCCGUAUUCCUGCUCGGACUGCGGCAAGAGUUUUACUCAGCAGAACUUUCUCCAAAGACACCAGCUCAUUCACACAGGAGAGAAACCGUAUUGUUGCCCAGAGUGUGGGAAGAGGUUUAAUCAACAGACGAAUCUCCUAAACCACCAGCGUAUUCACACAGGAGUGAAGCCGUAUCCCUGUUCAGAGUGUGGGAAGAGUUUUACUCGGCAGAGUGAACUCCAACGUCACCAGCUCAUUCACACAGGAGAGAAGCCCUACUGCUGCUCAGAGUGCGGGAAGGGUUUUACUCAGCAGAGCACUCUCCGAAAUCACCAGCUCAUUCACACCGGUGAGAAGCCGUAUCGCUGCUCAGAGUGCGGGAAGAGUUUUACUCGACGGAGUUAUCUCCAACUGCACCAGCACAUUCACACAGGAGUUAAACCAUAUCACUGCACUGAGUGUGGGAAGAGUUUUACCCGACACGACUAUCUCAUAGGACACCAGCGCGUUCACACUGGUGAAAAGCCGCUUUACUGUUCAAAGUGAGGGAGGAAGUUCAGGUAUUCAGUAGGGAUGCACUGAUCAUGAAUAUCUUAUGACCGAUUCCAAUUUCUUUACAACCAAAUUGGAUUUUUAUGAGCCUUUUUUUAAUCUGAAGCUCACACUGUGUGGGGUUAAAUAAACUCAUGCAACACCCAAGUACAUUUCCAAGUGUCUGUUAAUUAAAGUCACAAUAUAAACAACUUUUUAAUGGGCCAAACUUGUCUAUUAAUGGUAUUCAAACUAUAUCAGACAUCUGUGCUGUUUCUAGCAUAGUGUUGACUCUCCUGCAGUUUUUCAUGGAAGUUACUAGAAUCAGUCUGAAUAAACUGUUGAAAAGCGGUUCCCUUUUUGAGGACUAGCGGUUUAUUUCUCAUGUUUCCGAGAGUUUAGAUGUAACAGAUUAUUGUUAUUAUUUAAUUUAUUUGAAGAACCAUAAAGCUGAUCAUGUUGGAUAGAUCAGAGAAAGAGUCCCUUAAUGUUAAAUGGGCAGCUCAACUGGCCGGUAGAUGUUCAUAUUUUCUAAUCUUAGGGGGCUUAUAUAUUUCUGACUGAAUGGAUAAAUGAGAAAGGUCCAAAUAGUGGGAAUAUUAACCCACAAAUACUUGUUGCAAAGUAUGUAAAGUAUGUAAAGUGGUUUAACUGAGUGGCCAUUAAAGCGCUAAGAACUG